AACCUCUUGUUGUUGCAGUGGGACGUUUUUCUGGUUACUCAAAACAGCUUCCUGGAGGUUGACGUGGAUGUUGAUAAUGGCAGACACUAAAGCAGAGCUGUCAAUUGAUGCUUCAAACCUUCACACCUCUAACAGCAGCGGGAAUGCGUCCUCACAGCCCAACAACCCUCUAUCCAGAAAACUCAACAAGAUCCUGGAGACCAGGCUGGAUAAUGACAAGGAGAUGCUGGAAGCAUUGAAAUCUCUCUCUGUGUUUUUCACUGAGAACAGUCUGAGAACCAGGAGGAACCUCAGAGGAGACAUAGAGAGACGCAGCCUUUCUAUCAAUGAAGAGUUUGUACGGAUAUUUAAAGAAGUGAAGGAGGAACUAGAGAGUGUUCAUGAAGAUGUUCAGGCCAUGAGCUCCUGCUGUGAAGAAAUGACCAACAGGUUGAAGGCAGCCAAAGAACAAACCCAGGAUUUGAUUGUGAAAACCAACAAACUUCAGGGAGAGAAUCAACGGUUGGAGGUUCGAGCUCAGGUGGCCCAGGCAUUCCUGACAAAGUUCCAGCUGUCUGCCACUGAGAUGGCAACAUUACGUUCCGCACGAGAUGGUCCCAUCACUGAGGACUUCUUCAGAGCACUGAACCGUGUGAAGAACAUCCAUGAAGAUGUGAAGGUCUUACUGAGGACUAACCAGCAAACGGCAGGACUGGAGAUCAUGGAGCAGAUGGCUGUGUUACAGGAGACCGCAUACGAGCAGCUCUAUCGCUGGGCUCAGAAUGAGUGCAGAGGGUUGACUCAGGAAACAUGUGAUAUUCCGCCAGUGUUGAGUCAAGCUAUGGAAUCUCUCCAGGAUCGUCCUGUUCUUUAUAAGUACACACUGGAUGAGUUUGGAACAGCUCGGCGGUCUGCCGUGGUCCGAGGCUUUAUCGACGCCCUGACCCGCGGAGGAAUGGGCGGCACCCCAAGACCCAUAGAGAUGCACUCUCAUGAUCCAAUGAGGUAUGUUGGGGACAUGUUGGCAUGGCUCCACCAAGCCACAGCCUCAGAGAAGGAGCACCUGGAAGCCUUGCUCAAGCAAGUUACAGUGCAAGGGGUUGAAGAAAACAUGCAGGAAGUAGUUGGCCACAUCACUGAAGGAGUGUGCAGACCACUCAAGGUGCGAAUUGAGCAGGUUAUCAUUGCAGAGCCCGGUGCUGUUCUUCUGUAUAAACUUUCCAACCUGCUCAAGUUCUACCAUCACACUAUCAGUGGUAUCAUGGGUACCAGUGUUUCCUCUCUGUUGAUGACCAUUGAUGAGAUGCACAUGCUCAGUAAGAAGAUGUUCUUCAACAGCCUUAGUCUUCACGCCAGUCGCCUCAUGGAUAAAGUAGAACUUCCACCUCCUGAUCUGGGUCCCACUGCCUCCCUUACUCAGACUCUGUCUCUCCUUAGGGAGGUUUUGGCCUCCCAUGAUUCAUCAGUUCUGCCUCUUGAUGCCCGUCAGGCUGACUUUGCACAGGUAUUGUCCUGCAUCCUUGACCCAUUGCUGCAGCUUUGCACGGUAUCAGCCAGUAACCUGGGCACAGCAGAUAUGGCCACCUACAUGGUGAACUCCCUAUACAUGAUGAAGACCACACUAGCGCUCUUUGAGUUCACAGACAAACGCUUAGAAAUGCUGGAGUUUCAGAUUGAGGCUCACUUGGAUACUCUAAUCAAUGAGCAGGCAUCUUUUGUGCUGACCAGAGCUGGGCUUAGUCACAUCUACAGCUGUGUCCAGCAGCACACUGCAGAGCAGGGUCCAUUGGCCAACCUCCCUGGAAUGGACAGCACAUCCUUAAAAACAUCCAUGGUCCAGUUUGACCGUUAUUUGGCCUCUCCUGAUACGCUUGUGAUGCCGCAACUCAACUUCCUGCUCAGUGCUGCUAUCAAGGAGCAGAUCUUCAAACAGUCCACAGAGCUGGUGUGCCGUGCGUAUGGAGAGGUGUACAAAGGUGUCACCAACCCUACAAACGCCUAUAAAGAUGCAGAGUCUGUCCUGCACAGAACCCCACAGCAGAUUUCUCAAAUGUUGCUCUGAGGACGCUGCUGUUUGCCUGAGGAAAGGAGAGGACAGCUCACACUGAGAAAAAUAUUUGUUUUUCCUUCCCAUGUGAAUGGAGAUCUAAACUAGCAAGCCCAGGAAAGCAAACUAUAGACCAUUUCAUUGCCACAUACAGAUUCACAUGCACUGAAAUACACAUACAGUAAUUUCAUUAUAUACACAGGGGCUUUUUGGUUCACCACCACAGAGGCCUGAUAUGACUCGGCUUCAGUCGGUGAUCAGAAACAGGCUCUUUCUUUCUUCCCUUUAAAUCAUAUAUAUAUAUAUAUAUGUUUUUUAAACUGCAUUAAAAUACACACUUAAAAGUUCA